GGCUUGAAAUCCUCGAAAUCGAAGUUCCAAACAGGGUUAAAGAAAAUUCCCCUCAAACUUCUGAAGUGUUAAAGGUGAUUCAUUAAUCCUACGGUAUAAUUACCUUUUUAAAAGGAAAAAAAAAAGGUAACCCAUCUCUUUACCUCUCCCCUUUCUUCUUUCACCAGCCGGCGACCACCACCCCCCCGGCGGCAGCCCCGACGUCCUCCGGCGACGCGCGAAACACCCCGGCGGCGUAGGCCUGCAGCGGCGAUUUGUUCUCCCACGACCAACAAUCCGGUGUCUCCGGCGACCCGCGAGCAGCCCGAACGAAACCAGAUCUGCGGCGCCCUCUCCCUCCGGCGAAUUUUGCGGCGAUCGCGGCUGUUCCCUCCGGCGAGAUUGGCACAACCCGAACAGCAGCACGGCGAACGGACCAGCAGCAACGAUUCCCUUCAUCCUGACGGAUUACGACGGUAACCCACGCCCGUUCUGACCCAGAUCCGUGGUACCCAGCCCCUGUUGACACCGUAUUCGCAAGCCCGAACACUCUGGAUGCCUUUCAGCUAGUACCCCUUUGUUUUUGACAAGGGUCAGUUGGAACCAAUCAAACUCAAGAGCUAGGAGCUUUAGAAGUGUUGCAAGUAGUGCCAGAGGCGUGUGUGCGCAUGUGAAGUAAAGGUUUAUGGUGAGGAAGCGAUCUAACAAAGAAGGACCAAGUUUCAAACGUUUUGUAACGUUCUUCAGAUCCUGAAAUGGACAAGGUGUCAGAGGAGGUGGAUCGGGUGAAAAAUGAGUGGAACGAUGCUUACCAUAAGACUCUUGAUCAGAUUAAAGCAAUUGAAGUAUAUGAGAAACAAAGUGAGUCGACGGAGAAGAAUUCGCUCCCAAGAUUGAAUGCCCUCGCACAAGAUGGAUUGAAUUUGCUAUCUUCGUUAGAAUUCAAGCUUGAUCUUCUUGCGCCCCAGUUGCUCUCUGAUUCCGAAGUUGAGGCUGCUCAAUCAUUGAUUGAAUCUUGGAAAAAUCAAUCCCACAAUUUGCGAUCGAGUCUGAGAAAUGCAAAUAUGCAAGCAAAAGCCAACAUGAGAAAGGCUGCUCAGGAGGAGAGAGAACGCCUUCUAGGCGGAGGAGAAGAGUCCACAAUUCGCAGACGGAAUUUACAAACUAAGGCUGGAAUGACAUCUGCUGCAGAAAGCAUCACAGAGAGCCUUCGCCGCACCCGUCAACUUAUGGUUCAGGAAGUGGAAAGAACCGCAAACACGAUUGAGACUUUCGAGGAAUCAACUGGAGUGUUGAAGAAGGCUGAGACUGAAUACAAGGGGCACCGCUCAUUGUUGACUCGGACCAGAAACUUACUUUCCACAAUGCAACGGCAGGAUGUAAUGGACAGGAUUAUACUGGCAGUUGGGUUUUUCUUUUUCUCUCUUGCCGUUCUUUAUGUUGUUUCGAAACGUAUUGGACUACUGAAGUUGCAGAGGAUGGCCACUGCUGCGAUCAAAGCCGGGAUGGUCAAGCAAGCAGAUAACAUUCCUAGAGAUAUUAACCAUGGUAGAAAUCCAAUUCAAGGCAAUGAGGAUUUAGUUUACAAAGUCGAACAUGCACAGGAACGACAUGUUUGGGACGAACUUUGAAGCGUCGGGAAAAUGGUUGGACAAGCUGCAUAUCACCAGAGUUAUAUCGUGUUUUAAGGAAUAUGUUUCGAUGAUGGUUAGUAGAAUUCGAGUUCACUCUGUAAUUUAUGAAACGAUGUACCUCUGUUUGGGAUUAACUACCUGAAAACAGAGGGCGAAUUUUUGGCUGGGUUAGACUUGAGUACAAAUACAUAUUUUUGUGUAAGAAACUUUAAGCCA